CUUUUAGUAUAUCUUGUAAAGAAGCUUUUAGUAUAUUUUGCAAAGAAGCUUCUGGUAUAUUUUGCAAAAAAGCUUUUGAUGUACUUUGCAAAGAAGCUUCUACAGUAGUAUUUAAAGUAUCAAUAUUGGCUUUAUUAGAUAUUAGUUUAGUUGAUUCAGGUAUAUUAAAUAGUGAUAUUACUAAAGCAUUGAUUCCAAGAAUAUGUCCUAUAUAA